GUCGCCUUUGAUUGACGGCCGAGCGGACCAAUGAAGGGGCAGCGAACGUCACCUGCAGCUGCGGGACGGAGGCGGAAUUUUUCGUGUCAGGUGCUUGGGGCUGGAGAGAGCGGUGGGAGUAGGCAAGUGUCGUGGCGCAAACCGCUGUUACCAAAAGAUACCAAGCGCCCCAGGUGCAGAACCAUUACUCAGACGUCGAAAACCGUUUUCGAAGCCGCUUGGCCGGAACUGAGUGAUAGCUCCUAAGCCCAAACUGCUCCGGUCCAAUGUCUGCCGAGCGCGACGUUGUGCAGGUUCCCGAUGACCUGGCGUUUGCCUCGUUCCGGGAGCAGUGUGAAUCGGCGCGAGGAUGGCAACAGAAGUACAACAAACCCAGUAUGGGGGUGUGGGUGCAGGCCGCAUCCGAGGGAAAGUCUGUACACCGAAUCAAGUGUAGAAUCGAACUUAAAGAUGUAUCUGCAGGGACGGUGUAUGAUGUGCUACAUGAUAAUGAGUACCGUUGCAAGUGGGAUAAGCAGGUCAUUAAGACUUUUGACAUUGCACGGCUCACAGUGAAUGCAGAUAUUGGGUAUUAUUCAUGGAAAUGUCCAAGCCCCCUGAAAGAUAGAGAUGUGAUUACUUUGAGGUCAUGGCUCGUCACAGACAAUGAUUACAUGAUCAUCAACUACUCUGUGAAACAUCCUGAUUACCCUCCUCAGAAAGAUCUAGUCAGAGCUGUGUCCAUUCUAACAGGUUAUCUAGUCCAGUCUACGGGUUCUGGAAGUUGUAAUCUUGUCUAUAUGGCUGAAGCAGAUCCCAGAGGGGCUCUGCCAAAGUGGGUCAUCAACAAAGCUUCACAGUAUCUUGCUCCCAAAGUUCUUAAGCGACUGCACAAAGUGUGUCUCAAGUACCCAGAGUGGAAGGAGAAGAACAGACCAGACUUCAAACCAUGGCUUUACCCAGAACAGAAUAACCUUCCAACCAUGAGCCUUGAUGUACUCUCAAUUCAGCAUGCAGAUUCACUGGAAAAUAUAGAUGAAAGUGCCUUAUCUGAAGGGAAUGGUAGCGAUGAAGAAGGCUUAAAAGGCUGAAACCACAUUGCAUUGUUCCUUCAUAGUACUGUAAGCUCUUGGAGUUUGCAGGAGGAGGAAAAGUUAAUAAUUGGCCCUUAGAAUUUGGGUGGCAAAUUCUUAAUAAUGGGUUAAUUUAGUGAUUUGGGAGGUAGACGUUAUUGAAUCAAGUUUAUUUAUACAAAGGAUCUGACAUUCAGACAAUAAAUUAGAUAUUUGCACUUGCUGUAGUUAAAUUUUGUUGUGAUCUUGAGUAAUUGAAAAUCAGUCACAACAAUAGGUUUUGUGGUCUACUUGAAUAGGCCUUACAGUUGAAAAUUCCUGGAUUAGUGAUGAGAUGACAUGAGAAUUUCUCCUUUAAUGAAAAUGAAGAAUCUUUGAACUGAAGGCUUGGUGGGUCUCUGGGUGGGGGGUUGGUAACAAUGCUUAUAAAGAGUAUGUGAUUUUUUUUUUUGUUUUUCUGCUUUGAUUAGAAAUGUUAAGAUUUUGUUUUGAAAAGACCAAUUUUAAUCUACACCAUCCUCCUUGCAAUCAAUGGUUCUGGUCACGAUGUGAUAAAUCUGAGACUCAGAAAAGAAUACAUGGCUUUGAGCUUUGGUUCUUAUCACAGAGUAAGUCAAACCUGAUGCUGCAGAAUUACGUGCGACAAAGUCUCUUUUCUGCUGAAUCGCUGGUGGUAAUAGUGCAUAUUUUGUAUUUUGAACUGCUUUCCAAUGCAAGGGAUGAGAAUAGUAACCUUAAACCUAGAACUUUAUAGGUGUAUUCCAAGUUAUCUUGGUUUCAUAAAUGUAACAAUAUCUUUGUACAGGAUUUAGAAAUUUGUGUUCUGAAGCUAAAGGUGGUGUUUGGGGCCGUACAGACCUGUAUCUCCCUGGUGGAGUGAGUCUUUCAAAGGAAUUGGGCUCAGCAGCUUCUUCCUUCCUCCACUGCUCUGGGAUUUAAACUUUACCAUUUGAUUCCUACCUUAAAUACUGGCUGCCAGUGUUUCUUAGUUGCCUGCCCUCGGGAUUUUUAUGUAAAUGACAGGGAGAUUUGAAAUUGACAGUGGGAAUCAGGACUGAAGUUGAAAGUUCCCAUUUAAAUGACAAGGUCAGGAAAUAGAACUACAACUGAGCUGGAGUGAAAUAGUUGAAAUUGGAUUAGAAAAAUGUGUAAUGGAUGUCAGCUGACAAGGUGAUGUUUCCAGUAGAUAGUAACUUUUAUAUUUUUGUUCCUCAUUUCAUGUUAUUGUCUCUGACAAUGGGUUGCUCUUGUUUAAGUGGGAUUUGGUGAAUUUUGUACAUUAUGGUAAGUUAUUUUUGGUGUGGGGGAGCAAAUGUAAAAUAGCAGGGGAAAGUUUUGAUUUUGGAAGAGGUAGAUGGACCAAAGAUCUUAAUAUAGUUUAAUUAGUGAAGAUUACUCAGAUUUGGGGUGUAUGGAGGGGGGAAAUGAAAAAUUAUGUUGAAAACAAUGUUGAUUUUAAUUUUGUUCACAAACAGAAAUAUCGCCAUGAGUUAACAUACUCCAUGCACUAUCUAAGAGCAGGGCUCUAUUGUCAACACUGCUUCUGUGACAUAUAACAUGAAAUUGCUUAUGGGACUGAUACUUUGAUAUGGCCUGCAGUCAUUCUUGUUUGACCUUGAGCAUUAGAAUUUAAAAGCAUGUUCAAAUUCAGGAGACAGUAUUACAGUCAAUACACCUGCAUUUGAUUAAUUACUAAUUUGUGAGAAUAGAAGUCAAUUGUCCAGGAAGUAUAAUAGAUUAAUGUACCCGUUCUUCAGCUGCUGUUAAGUUUUAACAGCCUUGAACUUAAAAAUGCUACUUCUAAAACAUCAAUCAAGAAAUUAUUAAGGCAGAAUCCUCAUUUUCUUUCUAUACCUCAAAGAAAUCUUCAGUCUUGUUGGACUUUUAAGUGCUGUAAUCAUGAAGAAUGUAGAUAUCCAGGUGCCCCUUCAGCACUGGUGCUAAGUACAUUGUUGAUGAAGGUGAGAAUGAAAGUAAUAUAUUUUCAGAACAAAGCUAUGGAAUUGGAAUAUUUUUAGUAUUUUGUUAUGUGAGUUGGUAUUUUUGUAACAAUCUGGGUUCUCAAUCCUAGUAAAUGUAUGCAAAGUCUGGGGAGAACAUUUCAACUUGCAUAUGCUUGUGUAAACUUUCCACCAAACAACAGAUGCCAAUCUAAAUAUCCUUAUUAAUGUUUUCUACCACUUAUUGGGAAUCUGUCUGUCUUCUGUAUUUCAUUGCAAUGAUUGUAGAGAGGCCCCCUUUACAGAAUUGAGUUCCUUACUCAAUUCCGUAACACUAAGAGAUGACUUUUUGUUAGUGAGUAUUUUGAAUGCAGAAAUUCAGCCAUCACACUUGGGGCAUUGCUUAUCAGGUAUCAAUUUUCUAGUGCUUUUUUAAUGCAUUUACUUAAUCUGAGGUCUCCACAUCUUAGAAGAAGGCUUAAAAUAUUCUAUUUUUGUGAAAAGAUGUUUGCUAAUGGUUGAGUUAUUUGUGACAUUUUGGCAUGCAGAAAAUUUAGUUCUGCCAUAUACCAAUGAUUGUUGCAAAUGUUUUUGUAAUGAAAUUCAGAAAAUGUAACACCUUGCUAAAGCUGGCAUUUUAAUAUACUGUUGUCAGUUAUGUGGCCAUUUUGUACAUGAAGGAUAAACCAAUAUAAUUUGAAGUUUUACCAAAGCCCUUGUGAUAUUCACCUCAAAUUGCCAACACCAAGUAAACAGUGCUGCUUCACCCAAUCCAUUACUAACUUAGCUAGAAUAAAAAUUGUAAUUGUCCUACCAGGUUUUCAACCACCAUAUAAAACAUGAAAAUGAGACAUUUGUCCCUCAGGCAUUAUUAAGUUACCAUUAAAUUAUUUCACGGUCUUUUAACAUUGCUUAUUAAUUUUCCUUCAGGUUUUCAAGUCAAUGUUAGAAGAGUGUGUUGGUGGGGGGGGGUGCUGGAAAUGGAAGGCUGGGCGAGUGUUUUGUACUGAGUCUUGCCUGAACUGUUAGAAAACUUCAAAAUCUCUUCUGGACUUUGAUUCACUAAUGCACUUUUCCUCCUACCUGCAUCACAAAAAGAAAAUGCUGCAUGAUUUCAGUAGUAUCCCAUUGCAACAGAUUUGGUGGAGCUUUCUCCUGAAACAUUAACAGGUGGCUUACCAUUCUCAUACAGGAAAUGUUCAGUGCAAGUGAAACCAUCUUGCUGUUUUCUAGUGGACUAUUUAGUAAAGCUGGUUUCUUUUUUUUUGGGGAGGGGGGUGGGGGGAAUCUGCAACCUUCCAAAUGGCAGGAUUAAAUGUUGAUUCUGUAUUUCUUUUGAAGCAUAUUUUGAAAUCUGCAAUGUUCUGUUCUGACAACUAAAUUAAGAGAAUUUGUCAAUCACAUAUGUUCUAUUUCUGCUUUAAUACCUUGCUUAAAAUAUACUGUGCCAAAAAGGAAUAUUGAGAAUAUGUAAUAUAUACUCUUCCAUUUGUCUGUGGUUCUUGUUUCUGCCAUCUAAUUAAACUGGUUACCAUUUUUUUGUAUUUAUGAUGGACAAUUGUAAAUGUUAACACCAUCUAUGUGCAAUAGAGAAGUUUGACUCUCUGCCUCCUCCUCUUCCUUGAGGAGAAGGGACUGUUGGGAGAGAAUAUCUCAAUAUUGUUUAAGUGGAAAUUAUUUAAGUAAUUUUAAGGAACAGUUCUUGUGUGCUCAUGAUCCUUAUCUGUCGGCUAUGGGAUGGUGUGGAACUUGUUCAGAUUAUAUGUUGAUACAAUUCCCUUGCACUGCUAUUUGCCUUCCAAUGUAUUAAUGACUUCUAAAGGUAUACCGUUUCUUUGUUUCUAA